CACUGUUUUCGCUUUGUCAGGAAGUUAAGCCGCGAUGGUCCUAGAGGAGCUGCAGUUUCGUCUCAACGACAGUGGCUAUAAGAACUGGCUGAAAGCGGGUCGGUGCCUGCUCAUACUGAAGGAUGGUCUCCAUCCGUUCACCGACCAGCAGAUGAGAGCUUUCCACAAAUAUCUGCUCCAUCAAAACCCUGUGCUCCGAAAUCCUUGCCAGACGUCGUCAUGUAAACCGAGAGGCAAUGAGCCUUCCUCAGUGUGUAGGGCGUGUUCAGAGUGGCAGAGGGUGAUCCUGAGACACCACAGACAGUCUAAUGCCACCAUCUACUGGGACAACUGUUUCCCUCCUCACUGGAGGACAGACCACUGGGAACUGGCCAAGGCCUACAUGUCACGAGGUCAGGCCAAAGUGAAGCGAGCCAGUGAGUGCGAUGCCCCCGCUCUGCUCAAUCUGAUCAACUUCUGCACAUAUUUCUCGUCUGUAGAUCCAAAAUUAGUGAGAAAGGUGAUCCAGUUCAGGAAUGAGCUGAUGCAUUCGUGUGAGUUUCGUGUGAAUGGUGAAUGGAUGAGACAAUUUCAGUCCACUGUGAAGCUCUUCGUGCAGCAGUUCAGACAAGUACCAGAGAUGGCAACAGUUGGACAACAAAUAGAGAAGAUGCUGGCUCUUGAUUUGUCAAUUUGUGUCUCUGGCAUGGAUCAAAUGGAUUCUUCUGGCUUAUCGGAUGGAAUAGUGUCUGAUUCUGUCAGUGAGUCUGGGACCAGCACCGAGUUAGUCAGCCAAUGGGAAGCUGAGUUGCUACAAGAGAUGUUGCAGGAAUGUCUGCACACUGCUGAGGAUGAUGACACAAAGGCACAGGACACUGUGCUGUUGGAGAGUCUGGGUGGCUUCCUGCAGGCCAACAAAGAUCUGGGCAAGAGGUUUUCUGCAGAGCUCCAAACUAUCAACUCUCUGAAGCCCAGAGAAUAAAAAGGGGCAGAAAGAUGACAAUUUUGUGCACUACUUUAUCCCAUUGUAUAAUAUUUGACCUUAAGCACAAGUUGUUUUUGACAGACUGUAUGAACAUGCAAGUAGUGUUAGUAGGAAAAUAAAAAAGGAUUUUUUUUUACUCUU